AUGAAAAAAAAAACAUGCGGAAAAGUCGAAGAAAAUUCUAGUCCUACAGGAUGUUUAAGAUCAUCUGGUAGCACAUGCGAACAUCGUUGUAGCGGGGAUAAGGAUCCCGUUUGCGGUACGGAUGGAAGAACUUAUUUAAAUCGUUGCAUGUUAAGAGUUGAAAUAUGCAGAGUCGGAAUACAAUUAUCGCAUUUGGGACCGUGUAAUAACAUAUCCGCACAUAGGGAAAAUUGUCCCGUUUCCUGCGAUCAAGCACCCAACGAUGGACCCAUUUGCGGCUCUGAUGGAAACGUGUAUAAAAACACGUGUCAAAUGAAAUUAUUGACUUGCGGGCAAGGAGUCGUGAGAACGAGUAAGAAAUACUGUCAGACGACGCGACACUGCAGGGAAUCCUGCUGGAGAAUAUCAAAACCGACUUGCGGUUCUGAUGGAAAAAUUUAUGCGAACGCGUGUAAAAUGAAAUCGAAAAAUUGCGGAAAACACGUUUUCGAAGUGCCCAUGGCUUAUUGUGCUACACAAGAAAGAACGGCCGUUACAUCUGACAAAAGAGAAUCUCUCCCCGAUUGUCCGACAUCUUGUUUUAAUGCAAAAGAUAAACUUACAUGCGGAUCAGAUGGAAAUAUUUACACGAGCGAAUGUCAAUUAAAGUUACUCAAUUGCGGGUCACCAUCUAAAAGAAGAGUGACGAAAGUAGAUUUCGAAAAAUGUAAAGGAAAAUUACAAAAAUGUUCCUCACUCGUACCUUUAUGCGAAUCUGAAUACGAUCCUGUUUGCGGUACCGAUGCGACGACAUAUCCGAGUUCGUGUCACUUGAACAUAGCAUCGUGUUUGAGAGGAGUACAAAUGGCACAUUACGGAAAUUGCACUCAACUCGUUAAAAACAAAUGUCCGACGGAAUGUCGACAAGAUGUCGAUAGUCCCGUUUGCGGUUCGGACGGUAACGUUUACCGUUCGGUUUGCGAACUCAGGCGGCAAACGUGCGGCCAAUACGUCGUCGGAGUUGCCGCUCAUCAUUGCAGAACGACAGCGUCGUGUAAUGAAAAUUGCGGAAAUGAAAAAAAUUUCGUUUGCGGUUCGGAUAAUAAAUUUUAUGCGAACGAAUGCGAAAUGAAAAAACAAAAUUGCGGUAAACACAUGUUCGUCGUACCGAUCGGAAGAUGUUUAACUGGUUUCGUUUUUAAAGGAUGUCAAAAAAUAUGUCCAUCAAUUUACGAUCCCGUUUGUGGAACGGACGAUAAAACAUAUUCGAACGAAUGCUUUUUAGAUAUGGAAAAUUGCAGGUCGAGACGUUUCGUAACGAAACAAUAUCAUGGAAAAUGUGGGGAUCCGACACUAGAAACUAAAAAUUAUCUUUAUUAA